AUGAAACUUACGACAGAGACUAUGGUUGUGGAAGAUGAAAUAUUUCCAAAAUGUGAUCCUUCUGAUUCACCAUGGCCAUCAUGUUUAAGUGUCACAACUGCUAUGAUCACAAUAGUAUUUAUGUUAGUUGUAAUGCUAAUGAUAAUACUUGGAAAUACCUUGGUUGUUUUAACUGUUUAUAAUGAUCAAAAAUUAAGAACACAACGUCAAAAUUGGUUAAUUGUUUCAUUAGCUAUAGCAGACUUACUUGUAGGAUUACUUGUUAUGCCAUUAACAACAGCUUAUGAAAUUAUUGGUGCAUGGAAAUUAGGUGAGAUAUUGUGUGAAAUAUGGUUGGCUUUGGAUGUCUUGUUUGUAACAGCUUCAAUUCUGCAUAUUUGUAUUAUUUCACUAGAUAGAUACUGGUCUGUAACUCAACCACUAAAAUAUCCACACAAUAGAACUCCGUUAAGAAUGUUUUUAAUGAUAGGUAUUGCAUGGAGUGUUUCAUUAAUUAUUUGCCUACCACCAAUUUUUGGAUGGAGAACACAACGUAAAAAAGAAAGUUGUGCAUUAAGUGAUGAUGUUGGAUAUGUUUUAUAUUCAUCAUUAGGUUCUUUUUUUAUACCUGUUAUUGUUUUAAUGUUUGUUUAUUGGAAAAUUUAUAAUAUAACUAAACAUCAUUCAAGACAAAGAAUAAAAGAACAUGAAAGAACUGAUAAAACAUUGAUUCAAUUUCAAGAUUCACAAAAAAAUUAUUCAACAGCAACUGUUAAAAUAUUAAAACCAAUUAAUACUUCUUCAGAAGAUAAGAUGGAUGAUGAUAAUAAUAAAAAUGAUUUAGAAGUAAUAACAGAUGAAACUAAUAGAAAUAUAGUAGAAGAUGAUAAUGAUACAGUUAGAAAAAAAUGGCUUUUAAGUUUAAUGUCUAAUAAAAAAACUACUAAAUUAUACUUAUCAUUAGAUAAAAGUAAAGACUCAAAACAAGAAUUUGUUCAAAAUAAUGCUGGUAAAAGAAAAAGACUUUUGAAAGCCAAAGAAAGACAAGCUACAAUGUUAUUAGGUUUAAUUUUAGCUGCAUUUAUAGGUAGUUGGCUACCAUUUUUUACUAUGUAUGUUUUACAAGCUUUUGGAUUAAAAACUCCGGAUUUGAUUUUUAAAUUUUUCUUUUGGUUAGGUUAUUGUAAUUCAGGUAUAAAUCCUGUUAUUUACACUAUUUUUAAUAAAGAAUUUAAACGUGCUUUAAAUCGUCAAUUGAAGAAGUACCAUCAAACGAUUUUAAGAUUUAAAGAAAGCUGCUUUUUUGGUCGUUAA